AUGGGCGUCGAUCGCUUAAAUAAUCAUAUCAUCUUCACAGGUGACAGUGCUUCACUGCCAUUGAACCUCUGCACACGGAACUAUGUUGCAGCAGCUUAUGCAUCCAUUUUUGGUGACACUCUGAUUGAAAAACUGGAGAAACGCACCUUAAGUCUUUCAGAGCUAAGACCCACUAGCCAUGAUAUACAGAAAGCACUUACAACUAAAUUUGGAGUGCCUCCUGCCCAGUGCACAGUUACUAUUGAGAAGGUUUCGGUCCAGGUGGAUGAGAUGAUAAAGAAAGGAGAACCUGGCGCGCUUGCUUGGUAUACUCGUAGAAACUGCGGCAACGGUGAUCAGCUCAAAUUCUUAGGUACCGAUAUCUGGGAGGUUGAAGGAUACAUCAAGGCAUCUGUUGAGGACCUACUUGUGGAGGAUAGGUUGGAAGAGUAUCGUCCCGUCCGGAAGGAGUUACUCGACGUCCUGUAUGUUGAAUACGCGAGUUGUGUGUAA